AUGUUCUGCCGCCGCCCUCUCCUCCGAGCGCUGGGCACCGUCCCAAGACCACAGGCGCGGGCCAUGUCCCAUUUCGCAGGCGGCGGACCGGCCCAGCCGCCGAGCGCCAGCAUCCCCAUGCCCUACAUCACCGAGGUUUCAGAGAGAAUCAUCUGCCUCAACGGGGCCAUCGACGACACCGUCUCGGCGUCCAUCGUCGCGCAGCUGCUCUGGCUCGAGUCGGACAACCCCGACAAGGCCAUCACGCUCUACAUCAACUCGCCCGGCGGCUCCGUCACCUCUGGCCUCGCCAUCUACGACACAAUGACCUACAUCAAGUCGCCCGUCUCGACCGUCUGCCUCGGCGCCGCCUCGUCCAUGGGCGCGCUGCUGCUGACGGGCGGCGAGGCGGGCAAGCGCUACGCCCUGCCGCACAGCUCCGUCAUGAUCCACCAGCCCCUCGGCGGCACGCAGGGCCAGGCGUCGGACAUUCUCAUCUACGCCCACCAGAUCCAGCGCGUGCGCACCAAGCUCAACGAGAUUAUGCGGCGCCACCUCAACGCCGCCUUUGGCCGCGACCGGUACUCGCUCGCCGAGGUCAACGACAUGAUGGAGCGCGACAAGUACCUGACGCCCGAGGAGGCCAAGGAGAUGGGCGUCAUUGACGAGAUUCUGACACGCCGCACCGAGAAGGACGAGAAGGAGAAGGGGGAUGCGCAGAAGACGAAGCCGUAG